AUGAACGAAGUUUUGAACGGCGAUAAAAACAAGUGGCGGACUAUAAGUGGUAGAGCUACCUGGUUAGGAAUUGGCAAAGUACGACAAAAGGAGGAGAUGAAACGCGGUAGUGAAUACGACGGACUAAAUAUGAAAGGCAGACGAAACUAA